AUGGCUCCUGCUGCCGUCACUGAGGAUGUUCCCAAUGGGACUCCUGUUCAAGAACCCGUCAAGGCCAUGUGUACAUGUACCUGCAAGUGUACCGAGACGAACGGGGUCAACGACCACGACGAGACCAAGCCCCAAGAUGCGCCCGAGCACAAAAAAGACGAAACUAGCCAAACAGACGAAAAGGCAGACUCAGACAUAAAAGAUUCGGCCACAGACGACAAAGACAAGCCCCCAGAGGACCAGACCAUGAAGUGCGAGUUUAAGCACCUUGAUAGGAGAUAUGACGAGAAGGACGAGCACUAUUUCACCGAGCGUAAGACCGAGAUCGAGAAGCCAGCACAAAAGGACUGGUGGCGUCUGUAUGCCUUUUGCCUCGUCAAGCACUACGACCACCGCGGCGAACAUGACAACACCCGCCUCUACGUUAACCCCCAGCCUCUGCGUCAGCUCCUCAGGGACGUCAUUGGCGACUAUCCCUCCGACCCCAUCGAUGUCGACGAUGUCCAGAUCGAAGCUCCCUACCAUGCCCUCUUUCACUACCGCAAGGAACUCCAAGCCGAGGGCGUGAAGCGCUUUACCGACGACCAGGAGUCCCUUCAACAUUUCAACCUCCUCAUGGACUGGAUCAACAACCACUUUGAGUCCGAGAUUGCUGCCUACGAAAAGUGCAUAUCCGGCGAGAUUCGCGCCAUCUCGUACGAUAACGCCUGGACUCUCCUACCCCCCGACACCAUUGUUCAUUGCAAGAUCUUGGAUCAGGAUCGCGCAUAUCGCGUCCGCCGGUACUAUGAUGAGUACGAUGAGCACGCCAAUCUUGUCGGCAUGACCCUCUCCUGUCGCUACAUUGACUUCGACGGCGAGAAUGUGGGAACCCUCAAGUCGCAUCUGACCUUCCGCAAGUACACUGGCGUUGUCCAGCUUAGCGAACUGGACAUCGUCCCCCUUCAUCUACACGAGGACGCCGACGGGAUCCGAAAGACCCUACUAGCCCGUGGACGCAAGUGGGAGAAGCAUCUCGGCCAACAUUACGUUCAAUACAAUGGCAUCGCCGUCAUCAAAAAGGAGAUGCAAGGUUACGCUCGCUUCGGCGUCAACGGGCGCGUCAUGAUUGACUGCGCCACCUUCCACCGGCUGGCGGCUGACCACUCGUUUGUUGUUAAGAAGUUGCCGAGUUCAAGGCCCAAAGCCCCCUCACCGUCCUCCAUCAAGUUCACAUCAGAGACCAAAGAAUAUGAGCCUCUGACUGACGAGCAAGCCAUGCUCACCAACGCCACCGUUCGCGGAUAUUCCUUCACCAUCAAGCGGUUCCUCGAGUUCUUCGUCGACAAGCUGGAACCCAUCCAGUGGAACACUUCGUGCUUUGACGGCCUCGUCCUCGACCCCACCAUCAAGAAGACCGUCCAAGCCCUUGUCUCCAACCACACCCGUGAGCGGCCCGGGUUUGACGACAUUGUCAAAGGCAAAGGCCAAGGCCUUGUCUGCGUGCUUCACGGCCCUCCGGGUGUCGGCAAAACACUGACGGCAGAAUGCGUAGCCGAGUACGUUCAGCGCCCCUUGUAUAUGGUCUCAUCGGGCGAUCUCGGUUGCGUCUCCUCCGAGCUUGACGCCCAACUCACCCAGAUCAUGGAUAUGACCGCCACAUGGCGUGCCGUUCUGCUCAUUGACGAGGCAGACAUUUUUCUCGAACAGCGUGCCCUGCAUGAUCUGCACAGGAACGCCAUGGUCUCGGUCUUCUUGCGUGUCCUCGAGUAUUACACCGGUAUCCUCUUUCUCACCACCAACCGCGUCACCACCUUCGACGAAGCAUUCAAGUCCAGGAUCCACAUACCUAUCAGGUAUACGGACCUGAGCUUCGAAUCCAAGCUUCAAAUCUGGAAGAAUUUUUGCGGAAUGGUGCCCGGAGGUGUGGACAUUGAUGAGCGGGGUUUGGAGAGGUUGGCGGAACACGACUUGAAUGGGCGGCAGAUCAAGAAUGCGGUCAAGGCCGCUGAAUCACUGGCGAGCUUUGAGGGUGUAAAGCUCGACCUGGCUAGGCUUCUGCAGGUCACUAAGAUCCAGUCUGUGUUCGAAAAGGACCUUAGUAGUGUCGCAGGUGUGGAUUACACGGCGCCAGGAGGUAGGUCUUCCACACCCCUCCAGGACGUUCUCCACGCCCACCCCCGUCACUCGCACGCACCCGCGCACGCUCAGCCCACGAAGCUCAUUAAGAUGCAGCGCUACGCAGCCCAGACUCGCGUCGGACACAGCGCUGCCGCAGAACGCCAUCCGUAG